UAUUUCUGAGUUUUUUAAUGUCCAUGAAUAUGUGUGCGAUUAAAAAUAAAGCUGCUCUGAGAUUCAUGUGUGUCUUAUUUUUGAAGUAAUAUUGUCUACUGGGACUAGUGUCAUCAAACUCAUAACUGUCUCAAAAUGGAUGGUGGAUACAGAUUGUUUCAAGAGAAACGCACUUGUUGAAGAAGAUAGAUAAUAUUAUUUUAAAUAAAACCCACAUUAUGUAUAAAAAAAUGAGGGAGAGAGAGAUGAGAGCGUGGUGUGUUAUAAAUGAGGUCAUGUUUCACGAGGAAAAGCUCUAAACUAGCUAGCUACAAACAUAUAACAGCUCUCUUUCCAGUUCUUUCUCCGAAUCAUCAUAAUAAAAGUGCUCGACCAGCCAUAAAGGAUACUCAAACAGAGAGUUAAGAGAGAGAGAGAGAGAGAGAGAGAGAAAGAAGAAGAAGAAGAAGAAAAGCAACUGUACUUUACUUGCUGCCCAUUUAUCUUUCUUCAAUCUCUUUAACUCCAGAAGAAUCAAUGACGGAAGUAAUCUGUUUCUUUAGCAAGGAUACUCUGGUCAUUAAGACUCCUAAGAAAUCUCCACUGGUAUUGAGGAUGGCAUUUCUAUUAUUUGCGACAUUUUGUGGAUUUUAUAUAUACUCAAUGAGUUUGAAGCAGAUGAACAGCCGCAACAAAACAAAAUUCAUAAACAUCAAAGUGUUAGACCACGACGUCCAAUCCUGUCAUGGUUCUGCAGAUCUUCAACAAACAGAACUCCCCUAUGUGCAUUACCCAAAUCCUCAAACAUUUAGAAGGGAGGAAUGUGCCUGCAAUCCUGUAAGAUACUUUGCCAUAUUGUCAAUGCAGAGAUCGGGAAGCGGAUGGUUUGAAACGUUAUUAAAUAGUCAUAUGAAUGUGAGCUCCAAUGGAGAAAUAUUUUCAGUCAGAGAUAGGAGGCUUAAUAUUUCUUCAAUUUUGAAGACCAUGGAUCAAGUUUAUAAUCUUGACUGGUUUACUAGUGCUUCCAAGAAUGAAUGCUCGGCAGCUGUCGGAUUCAAAUGGAUGCUUAAUCAGGGUCUGAUGGAGCAUCACCAAGAGAUAGUGGAGUAUUUCAAUAGAAAUGGAGUGGCUGCAAUAUUCCUUUUCAGAAGAAAUUUGCUACGUAGAAUGAUUUCUGUACUUGCAAACUCUUAUGACAAAGAUGCCAAACUUCUCAAUGGAACCCACAAGUCUCACGUGCAUUCUCCAGUGGAGGCUAAGAUACUAGCUAAAUACAAACCCAAAAUCAAUGCCACAUUACUGAUACCGGAGCUGAAGCAAACAGAUGAAACAAGUGCCAAAGCUAUACAAUAUUUCAACACCACUUAUCACAUAGUUCUUUACUACGAAGAUAUUAUCAAGAACCGCACUAAACUUAAGGAUCUUCAAGAGUUUCUGAAAUUACCUUACAGAGAGCUUAAGAGCCUCCAGGUUAAGAUUCACACCGCUCCUUUAUCCAGUCAAGUUGAUAAUUGGGACGAUGUUCAGACUGCACUCAAAGGGACAUCUUAUGAGACUUUCCUCAAUGCAGAUUAUUAACCUCUGCACCUUCCAAACCUUGGUGUAAAUAAAAAUUUCUUCGGCACCUUCCUUUCCCGAUUUUAUUUUUUACAAUUUUUUUUUUUCUUUUUUUUAUAAAUUGUAAUCUGAUCUCCGUUGUCCUCAUUAACCCUCUCCGGCCCAGUGAAACACACGCCGUGUGGUGUAUUUUUCGUCAACAAUGGAAUACUAAAUGCAAAAAUCGUUCGGCUUCUAUUGGUUAAAAACAUACUACUAGUAGAUUAAAAUGCUAAUAAAGGUUUUAAAUGUAGUUUGCUCAGAAUUCUGAAUGAAUUGCUUACAUAAUAUCAUAGAUAACGGGAUUCACGCAAAUAAUUAAAUACAACAUUUAAUUUUGAUAAACCAUUCUAAUCAAACAAAUCUGUACCUGAAUCAUCAUACAAUAUUUAAUUUUGAGACAUUAUAAUCAAACAAAUCUAUACUUGAAUCAUCAUUCACAAUGAUUCUUCCUUAAAAUUAAUGAUGAUAAAAGAAAAAAAUAGAAACGAUUUUCUGAAACGGACAACUAGAAAAUGUACCAAAGAACAAGAAAAACGAUUUGUCUUCAUUUUGUAGCAUACACGGUGACAGUUUCACAUGGCUGGACAUGCAUGCCCUAAACUUAAAAACUGAGCAAUUGCUACCCUGGUCAAAUGAAUUGUGUAAAAAAAAUAAAAUAAAACAACAACAACAGCAGCAACAACAACAUCAUCAUCUGAUUAAAUGUAAAAGGGUUACCUACAGGCUACGGAUUACAUACUUUAAUUGCUAACUAUUAGAUCAUUAGAUUAUCUAAUCUGCGACACGAGUACCCUAUACCUAUGUGGACCCAAUCUGUUAGUUGACAAACAUUGACCCGUCUUUUCCAUUGGAUGAAACAACUAGCAAACAGGGAUACACAGAAUAAUUCCCUCACUUUUUUUUUUUUUUUUUAAUUCUUUUCCAUUUUCUUUUCUUGGUUUCUAUUGCUUUCUAAAUGGAGGAAAUUAAAUUAAUGUUACAGAAUGACGAGUCCAGAUCAGCAAAUGG